GGCUUUCGUUGACUCGGUGUGGAUGAGAGCAGACGAGUGGAGGACGGCUGCAGACACAAACUCACGCGUUUUUGUUUACUUAGGAGGAGUUUUAUUCGAGGAUGAAAGUAUUAACAGUUAACUUUUUAGACACGUUUCUGUGUUGUUAACGUUAGGUGAAAAUUCAGCGAGAGGAACUGGUAGCGUGAUAGUGUUCGUUUCACUGCGUCGGGUCACCUGUCGGACUGGGCUUACAGGUAAAAACGGGUAUCGGUACACAAAUAAAACGAAUUAACGUUUAUAGCAGCCGUUAUGAUUCCUGAAUGUCCACGAACGACCGAGCCCAGAAGCCUAAUUCGGUGUGAAUCCGGUGUGCUGCGCGAGAUCCGGACCGACAUCAGGAGCGAGCCGUUCACCGAGCGCUAUGACGUCAUCCCCGGCAAAGCGCUGGGCAGAGGUAAGUUUGCUGUGGUGAGGAAGUGUGUGGAGAAGAGCUCAGGGAAAACAUACGCAGCGAAGUACAUGAGGAAGAGGAGGAAGGGCCAGGACUGCAGAACGGAGAUCCUUCAGGAGAUCAGUGUGCUGGAGCUGGCAGCGGCCUGUCCACGAGUCGUCAAUCUCCACCAGGUCUACGAGACGGCCAGCGAGAUGGUGCUCGUUCUGGAAUAUGCUGCCGGAGGGGAGAUUUUUGACCAGUGUGUGGCAGACAGAGACGAGGCCUUCAAAGAGGAAGACGUGAAGAGACUGAUGAAGCAGAUCCUGGAGGGAGUGUCCUUCCUUCACAGGAACAACGUGGUGCAUCUGGACCUCAAACCUCAGAAUAUCCUCCUGACCAGCGAGUCUCCUCUCGGGGAUAUAAAGGUGGUGGACUUCGGCCUGUCGAGGCUGGUGAGCAGCGGUCAGGAGAUCCGGGAGAUCAUGGGCACACCGGAGUACGUGGCACCAGAAAUCCUGAAUUAUGAGCCAAUCAGCACAGCGACUGACAUGUGGAGCAUCGGUGUGCUGGCGUACGUGAUGCUGACGGGGAUCUCGCCGUUCCUGGGGGACGACAAGCAGGAGACCUUCCUCAACAUCUCUCAGAUCAACAUCAGCUACACUGAGGAGGAGCUGCAGCAUCUGCACCGGGCCGCCAUCCACUUCAUCAAGAGCCUGCUCAUCAAAGAGCCAGAGAGCAGAGCCUCCGCAGAAGACUGUCUGAAGCACCGGUGGCUCCAGCCGGAGGAGGCCUGUCUGCAGAGCGUCUCGGAGCCCGUCGCUGCUGCUGAUGAAGACGAGGAGGAAGAGGAGGAACUGAUCGUGAUGGCCGCCUACACCCUGAGCCAGUGCCGCCAGUCCUCUGACAAACAGAGCCUGACCCCGGAGCAGAAGGCCAUCUCCAAACGCUUCAAGUUUGAGCAGCCCUUCUCUGCGCUGCCUGGAGAGUUCAUCUACUGAAGCACACGUCUGUCCCGGGAUGUGAUGUUUCACUGCUUGCUCUUCUUUCUGUCUGUGCUGCUUUAUAUGUUCACGGUUAAGAGACUGAAGCCUUGCUGCGGUUUUUCUCUUUCAGUAUUUGUUUUUGGUGCAUAUGUGAGCUUGUGCUCGUUCCUUUUCUCCGUGUUUGUACAGAAUGAAUGCUGUGUUUUUCUGCGACACGAAGGCUAGCAGGAUUAAAUGUAAAUUAACCCAGUUUCAUUUUAAGAGUAUUUCCGUGUCCUGUUUAAAAAAGCCAUUGUGUAUGUUGAGCUCCUGACUGACGUUAAGGUCUUUCCGGGAACAGCAAUAACACUUCCAUAAAUAUAUAUGUAUGAAGAACGUGUGUCUUUCUGUCUGUUCGUUUUAACUCAUGUUAGAGUUAUAACUGUACAUUGAUUUGUCACUAUAAAGAAUAUUUUUAAUGGCAACAAAUUGUCUUGAUGCUGUAAAUAAAAGUUUGUCUCGACUGUC